UAAUCAUGUCUCAAUGUAGUUUUAGUUUACGGAUUACUUAUAAAUUGUAUAAAUAAAUAUACAUUUUCGGGAUGAUUCCCAAUAAUAAAAUAUUAAUGCAAUGUUUAGAAAACUUUUAGUUCCGGUGUAUUACAUAAUUUUAAUUUGCAUAAAUUCCUUUAGUAACACAAAUUGCAUGGCGCAAAAAAAUAUUAAUAUGAGAUAGUCCUCAUAUCAACUGACCAUUUUACUAUAAGCAUUAUUUUUGCAGUUGCUGAGUUCGUCUCAAUUUUGUUUAAUGAAGGGCCGGCCAGUGCAGUAUCAAUUGAGAGGAAUAACAGGAAAUAAUGCGCAACUCAUGAUUAAAUUACUAAUUUAUCAUAAAUCAACAUCGGUUCAUCUGCAUUUUACUGUCCAGCAGUAGUUUAGCCCAAAUUUGGGAGCAAUUUUAUAAGCCCGUCAGCCAAUUAAGAGAGACCAUCAUCUCAACCUGCCUCCAGGGGAGAGUGAACUAUUUAUAGACACAUCUCGAUGCGGGAGAACAAGCCAAACGGUCAAAAUUCCCAGAAAUGCGUGGCUGACAGAUCAAAGUUACUUAAUUAUUAAUAUUAGAAAUCCCUUUGCAUUUUGCGGCCAAUUAAUACCAUCGCCGUCGGUAUAUCGCUGUUGGUGUUUUUUUAGUCCAUUACUUUAUUGCGAUAUCACCACUAAAUCGGAGGAACGUAGUAUAAAAUAGAUGCAAAUAACUAUCACCUUGUCGUGGAGUCGAUCGGAAUGUGCGGAUAUUUCAGUCCUUCUUAUCUCCUGGAGUUGACACCUUAUCUUGAGAAAGCUCCGAGUGCUUGGCGAAGCGAGCGUCCCUGCGAGCAAGGCGUCGUACAAAGCCUACUUAAGGAGCCACGACUGAGGGUUUCUGCUCAUUCUCUCUCUCGCCACCGUCGAAGUAUAAAGGUCAAAAAAGUGCUCUCUCGAUCUUGCUCUUUUUCUUCCCAAGUUUUGAGCUGAAUUUAAAAGUUACAUCUACUUUUCUAGAAACUUGAAGAUUUCUUGCCAUGGCGAAAACACGAUCUUCUGGACGAGUUUUGCGAUGUCGUAGAAAGUCGUGCGGGAACGCAGACUGUUGUGUCGAUGUAGAAAAGGCAGUUCUAAAAUCAACGAAAAGGGAAACGAAUCAAAAGGCAGCAUCAAUUAUUAAAAGACCUUCGACGUCAAGCCCCAUCUGUACUUUUCAACGUCGAAGUUUAACCUCUGCUCGUCGAAUCAAAACAUGGCGAUUUGUUGAUUUGGCAAAGUCUAACCCUGGGCAAUAUGGAGCUUUUGGAACGGCAAAAUGGUUUCGGUCAUGGACAAACUUCAUCGAUGAGCCAGGGGUCGUCCACCAGGAAAAUGUGAUGAUAUGGUUUGCGCAAUUAAAUGAAAUUUUUCGUAAUUCGCAAUAUGGGAACUCCGAGACGGCAAAGCAAAACAGUCAGCCGACCAGGAAUCAGCAGAUCAAGAAAGAAAGAUCGUCAUCGAGAAGCGAGGAAAAAUUAUUCUUGAAAAAAUAAGAAACCCCGUCCUUGCGAAAACAGGAAAAAUCAUCCGUGCAAAAGGAGGAAGAAUCUUUCCUGGGAAAGAAGGAAAAAUUGUCCAUCCAAAAAGAAGGAUCGCCCUUGAAAAAAGAAGAAGACACGCCGACUGUAAAGAAGGAAUCGCCGACUGUAAAGAAGGAAUCGCCAACUGUAAAGAAAGAAUCGCCAAAAAUAAAGGUGGAAAGAAGAUCAUCGUCGUCCUUGGAUGAUGAGGGAAUCUCCAUUCAGCUGUCGGCCUCUACUACGGAUGUAUCUCACGCAGAUCAAGCUGAUGUCGAGAGUUAGGAGCCAUCAACGGCACCCCCAGCAGAUUCUUACACGUACUUUGCCGUAGUUCCGGAUGGCCAAUAUACUAUAAUUGACGGUCAAGUCAUUGAGGACUUAACUCACCUGACAAGAUUUAUUGGGGACGACCAUAGUGCUGCUUUGGCUUGCUACCAGCUAAUCCACGCAGGCAACGAAGGCGUCAAUUUUGGACAAGGAGCCGAGCCUAGCUUCGAACCAGACUUUGGACAAGGAGCCGAGACCAGCUUCGAACCAGAUUCCGGAGUUGGUUUAUCAUUCACAGAGAAUGACGAUGAUCCGUUUUUGAAGAUUGUACUUGAGGAAUUAGAUAAGUACUUUGAAGGGGUUUCCGCCGAGGAGAUUCUUAAAAUGGUGGCAAACUGUCAGCCAUGAUUAAGUAAAUGCUAUUUCUACUAAUUACUUCGAAAAUUUAAGAUUAUUGACAUGAAAUGAUUAUUAGUAUAAUAGUUUAAAUGUACAAAUAUUCAGGGUUUUAAAAUUAACAAUAUGAAUUUUAUGAGUCUUAAACCACUGAUGUUCUAUUAUUUCUAACAAACACAAUCAAUUUGACAAUAAAAUGAACUAAUAUUGGUUGAUUUAUUUAUAAA